AUGGAUAUCUGUGUGAUCUUGCAGCAGCCCAAUAUUUCCCUUAGUGAUCCUGAUGGACUGUUUCACGUGGGGCCUCAGGGGCCAGUGAUCACCAGGGGUCACAGUUUCACUAUCAUCUGUAACGCUGACCCUCAGUAUCCUGGAGGAUCUUUUCACCUGUUCAGAGGAUCAAGCAUCACCAGGACUGAGUCAGCUGUCAGUCACUCUGCCUCCUUCUUCUUUCCUGAAGCAGAUUAUUCACACGAGGGAAACUACAGUUGUGUUUAUGAAGUCAAUGUCUCCUCACGCUCCUUUCAUUCAUCUGCCUCUGAACUGCUGCUCAUCACUAUCACAGCCUCUCUGCUUCCUGUCAUUGGUGCUGCAGUGUCAGCUGUUCUGCUCUUAUUGUCUGUCCUUAUAAUCAUCCUCCUACUGAAGAGAAGACAAAAGAAAAGGAACAAGGAAACGCAUUCAAAGUGCUCUUUUAAGAAAGGUCAAGCUACAUCACAUAGAAGCAAAAAUGAAGAGGAUGAUGAGGCUGUUUAUGAAAAUGUUGAACUUAAUGAAAGCAUGGAUCAUGAUGAAUUUGAACAGGACUAUAUUAAUGUGGACUCUGAUUGUUCUGAACAGGACUAUAUUAAUGUGGACUCUGAUCGUUCUGAACAGGAUUAUGUCAAUGUGCACUCAGAUGAUUCUUAAGAGGACUGUGUCAAUGUAAAUCAGUGGUCUUCAAAAUGUUUUUAAUGGGAGCCGCACUGAUAUGGCAAAGUCAUUUGCAGAGCUACUGUUACAACAAAGUAUAAAACGUUACAUCCAGCCAUAAAUAACAUGUCCUUUUAUCAAUCUGUCAUAUGUGUAUGCAGGUACGUGCACACAUAGACAUCAAAGGGGGCUU